AUGCACGUACCCCAAGGAAUGGCUUACGCCAGUCUAGCUGGCGUGCCACCCGUCUACGGAAUGUACUCGUCGUUUUUCGCCUCAACAGUGUAUAUGUUUUUCGGAACUGCUCGGCAUGUGUCUAUAGGAGUUUUCGCAGUGGCGUCGUUGAUGGUCGGAGCCGCUCUAAUUCGACUUAGUCCUGAUCCAGAAGACCUUCUAACCAACUCAACCUCUCCUCUAGGAGAUGUGACUCCUCUGCAAAUUACAAGUGCACUCACACUUGUCGUAGGUGUCGUUCAGAUACUCUUCGGAAUUCUCCGUCUCGGCUUUCUCACCACAUAUCUGUCAGACCCGUUGGUGUCUGGUUUCACAACGGGUUCCGCUGCUCACGUCAUGGUCUCGCAGUUGAAUAAAGUGAUAGGUGUGAAGUUGCCUAGGCACGAAGGAAUGGGAAUGCUUAUUUUUGUAAGUCCUUGCAUUAUUCACACACUCAUCCAAGAGGUUACUAUCACCCUUACGAGUUACUCUCUGCUUGAACGAGCUAGUUUGUAUGGGCAAAUAGCGAAAUCAGUAGUCUACUUUUCUGUCUAA